GUGUCUUUGGUUUGGAGGGAAACAAAAGAAAGUUAGGGUUUUCGCUUCUUCCACUCAAGAACAGAAUGAUGAUUCGCGUGAUGAAGCUUCUUUCUCGAUCUCGCGUCAGGAUGCUUGCCGUUGGAGGAGGAGGAGGAGGACAUGGCAGCACUGUUAAUUUCAACUACCGGAAAUGGUCAUCUGCAUCUUCAUCAUCAUCCGUUCCUCCACUUUCUUCUGAAUCGAUCAAGGAAGAAGUCUAUAAGAGGAACAGCUCCACAACAAUAGAUGAUGACAUUGCCGAUGCUGCCGAUUUUGUAAUGGAAGCAAGACAUAUUUUUCAAGAUGAGCCUGAAAAGAUUGAUGUAUUUAUGACAGUCCUACACGAUUUCCGUGUCGAUAGAAUUGAUUUAAGUGUUGUCAAAGAAGUAAUGAUGGAGUUGUUGAAAGGGCAUAACAAUUUAAUUUGGAAAUUCAAUAACCUCCUGCCACCGGGAGAGAUCCCACUUCCAUUGGAUGAUGAUGGAUUACCAUUCAAAUAUGAUUCAGCAGCAUUCAGAGAUUAUCAGGAAUGACGAGUUUGGUGACAAUCAUGUAUGUAUAAAUCAUUAUUAGGUUGAUCUAUUAAAUCAAAGGUUCUUUAGUUUAGUGGUACUUCUGCUCUUUUAUUGUAUUGUAUAAAAUGAACUUCAUGAAGGUAAUAUUCAAGUUAUCACUAUCUAUAACAUAUUAACAUUCAUUACA